AUGUCAAUAGUUCCAUAUAAUUCAAGCAACGAAAUAGUCUAUCACGAUCCCAGCCACGGUAUUUUAGUCCUCCAUGAUAACCAAGAUAAUACCCUUCAAUUAGUCUCAACUACAAAUGAGGCUUAUAACAAUAAAAUAAAUCUAGUUCGUAAUGAAGAUCGUAGCGGACCAAGAUAUGGUAACAACAAACCCCACAGCAAUAUCAAAUGUCCGAAUUGUGGGUUUGCAUGGUCUGAACACUCCAACAUAGCUGAAACAACUAAAAGAAGAACAAGUGAUUCACUGAAUGAAUUGAUGGAUUCAUUGAAAUCGGACCCUGAUAAUACAAGGGCUAUGAUGAAGAAUUUCCCAGAAGGUUUUAUGCAUCACGACUAUUUUAAGUUGUUAGGGAAGCUACCUUACAAUCAGAAGCCUAGGCCAAGACCGGCUACGAACUUACCAGAAAACAUCUUCAAUCAAGGCUAUUUUAAAAGGUUUUUUAAAAAAGUGCCACCAUUCAUGCUCGGGUCUGGUGCACACUCGCAAGUGUACAAAGUGGUUCAUGUAUUGAAUGAUAUAAAGCUCGGAACAUAUGCGGUGAAAAGAAUCAGUAUAGGAGAUAAGAUCGAGCUACUAGAACAAGUUUUAAAUGAAGUGCUAAUUUUGUACGAGCUAUCUAUACAAGGUGCUAAUGAGAAUAACUUAAUCAGGUACAAUCAUGUUUGGUUGGAGUUAGGCGAUAUUCAAGACCUGAAGACAUACUUUUUGCCAGAUAAACAAAAGAAUUCUGAAUUUGAUAAUAAGAUCCCAUAUGUCUUCAUCCUUCAACAAUAUUGUGAUGGUGGGCAUUUAGAAGAUCUAAUAGAAAAAGUUUUCCUACGUGAACUGCAUUUAAGUGCUAAAGAGCAACUUGAUUUGGAACGGCAACGCCGUAGAUCUGUCCGUAAAAAUUCCAAUCAAAAGCUUGAAAACAUGGAUCCUGAAAAUAAGGAAAAUAAGAAACCUUGGUUGAAUAGUAUUGAAAUUUGGAAGUUUUUUAGGGACGUUGCAAAAGGUGUACAUUAUUUGCAUUUGCACGGAAUUCUUCAUCGUGAUCUCAAACCUUCCAAUUGUUUAUUAGAUUAUAAGUACAAUAAUAGGGCUAUUGAUGAUCGUAUUUAUGAAAACGAAAAUGAGUUGAACCAGGAGAUUUCAAAGCUACCAAAAGUCUUGGUAUCGGAUUUUGGCGAAGGUCAAUUUAUUGAUAAGCAUAACCUCCCUCAAGAUGAUAUAACUAUUAAGAAUAUGAGCAAAGAUGAAGACGAACGCCGUGGAAAUACGGGUACACUUGAGUUCACAGCACCCGAGCUUUGGAUAUUUUCUAAUUUUGACCCAUCCCUUGGUAGUGAAAGACAAUAUUUCAUAAACGAAUUCACUUACGAAAGUGAUAUAUAUUCUCUAGGGUUGAUAUUGUGCUGGUUAUGUGCUGGAAAAUUACCUUUUACGCAUAUGGUCAAGGGUGAAUUAGACCCCCAGCUUAUCAGAGAUAAAAUUUUAGACUGGUACUUUGACCUAAAUGCUGCCAAGUUCCACGAAUGGUUUGUAUCAUCUGUUAGAAUAGAAUCUGAAAACAAUUUACUUCGUGACAAUUGCGUGAACGAUUUUGAAAAGCUUAUAUACUUGAUGAUAAAAGGUGAUGAUUCUUCAGAACCGACAAACUCACGGCCAAAUCGAUUGUUGUCAAACGAUGUGAUAAAGUUCUUGGAUGCUAUUAAAUGGAAAAGGUUCAUAAUGGAAAAUGAAAUAAUUCAAGAGUCUUCGGAAGAAACAACAAAUAAAUAUGGUCUAAUCCCGGUAGCACUGCUCCCAUCCAACCCAGACGAUGCCAUAGAUCCUGAUUUCAUUUACCAGUCUGAUGAUAUUACCUCAGAAGACGAUGAAGUACAUGAUAUAGCCAAUUCCGAAUACGAAGAUGACUCUGCUUUAAAAUUAUCUCCUAGAGACACAUUUUCAUCUUAUCCUCCCACUAAGUCAAAAAUAUUCAACGUUUGCAUCAUCCUUGGCUACAUGUUAAACAUUUUGCUCUUUGAUACUAUUGACAAUAAUAUUUUUUAUACCUACAAAUUGUCUAUCAAAAUUUUUAUUUUGGCUUUGUUUACUAUGGACUUGCUAUUAUUAGAAUCUACAUUUAUACGAGUAUCCUGUUUGGUGUUGGCAUUCAGUCUACCAUUAGUCUUAGCUAUAGUCAAUUAG